AUGAUGGACGGUCUGGAGGGAGCUGAACUCUGCUACCCUCAGCUCCUAAACUCAUCCUGCAGGGGUUUAAUGCGUCCCCGCUCUGAAGCCAUCCUCCUCUACAGCCUGCUCUCUACUGUCACUGUGCUCACUGUCUCUCUCAACCUGCUGGUUAUCAUCUCCAUCUCUCACUUCAGACAGCUCCACACCCCCACCAACCUGCUCCUGCUCUCCCUGGCCAUCUCAGACCUCCUUGUGGGCCUGCUGGUGAUGCCGGUGGAAACGGUGAGAUUCAUAGAAACCUGCUGGCUGCUGGGUGAUCUCAUGUGCUCUCUGUCUUACAUUAUCGGCUUCACCCUCACCUUGGCCUCCGUGGGGAACAUGGUGCUCAUAUCCAUCGACCGUUAUGUAGCUAUUUGUUACCCUCUGCAGUACCCCAGCAAAAUCACUCGCAGCAGGGUGGAGGUGUGUGUGUGUCUGUGCUGGGCCUGCUCGCUUCUCUACAACGGCCUGAUCUUAAAGGACCAUCUCGGGCGGACACACAAACGCAGCUCCUGCUAUGGGGAGUGCUUGGUGGUAAUUAACUUCAUCUCUGGAGCUGUGGACCUUGUGUUCACUUUCAUCGGCCCCUGCUCAGUCAUCGUCUUUCUGUAUAUGAGAGUGUUUGUUGUGGCGGUGUCACAGGCCCGUGCCAUGCAGUCUCAUGUUACAGCUGCUGGAGGCGGCUCAGUAACAGUCACCGCAAAGAAAUCUGAGAGAAAAGCAGCCAGGACUCUGGGUGUGGUCAUACUGGUGUUUUUGAUGACUUUCUGUCCAUAUUACUACCCGUCUCUUGCAGGACAGGACACCUCGAACAGUGAUUCAUCUUGGCCCAUUGUGUCCUGGCUGUUGUAUCUGAACUCUUGUCUGAACCCGCUCAUCUAUGCUUUUUUCUAUCCGUGGUUUAGGAAAGCUAUCAAAUUCAUUGUCACCCUGAAGAUACUACAGCAGGACUCCUCUCAGACCAGUAUACUUUAA